AUGAAUGAGAUAAAUAAUAUCGUUAACAAUAUUGAUAAUAAUAAUAAUAAUAAUAAUAAUAAUAAUAAUAAUAAUAAUAAUAAUAAUAAUACUAUUAAUGAAAAUAAUAAUCAAAAUAUAAUAAUACCAAUUAUUAAUGAAACAUUAUUAGAUAAUGAUAAACAAUUAAUUGAACAACACAAUAAUGAAGAUGAACAAUUAAAAUUAAAAAAAUUAUUAUUAAAAAGAAAAUUAGGUAUUAAUGAAAAUAGUAAUGAUUUAAUUCAACAAGAACAACAAUCAAUAAUUACUGAAGAAGAACAACAACAAGAACAACAAAAAGAAAAUUUAAAUACAAUUGAUGAAGAAAAAAGAAAAAAACAAAUUUUACUUGAAUCAUUUAUUGAUUUUAAUAAUGAAAAUUCAUUAAAAGAAUAUUGUAAUGGACCAAUAAUAACUUCAAAUGAAAAUCAAUCAAAUUGUUCACUUGAAAAAUUUUAUAAAGGUUCAAAAUGGUCUCCUGAUGGUACUUGUUUAUUAUCUUGUUCUGAAGAUAAAUUUAUAAGAUUGUUUGAAAUUAGUAAUAAUUAUAAUAAUAAUAAUAAUAAUGAAAUUUUAAAUGUUGAAAAAGCAGUUAUUGAAAUUAAAGAAUUUGAAAGUAUUUAUGAUUAUUGUUGGUACCCAUUUAUGAAUUCAAAUAAUCCAACAACAUGUUGUUUUUUAACUUCAUCAAAAGAAUAUCCAAUUACAUUAUGGGAUGCUUUCAAUGGUAAUAAAAGAUGUACAUAUAAACCUUAUAAAGAUGUUGAUGAUUUAGAAUCUGCUUAUUCAAUUCAAUUUAAUUCAAAUGGGACAAAAAUUUAUAGUGGAUUUAAAAAUUCAAUAAAAAUUUUUGAUAUUGAUAGACCAGGUGAUAAUUAUAGUGAAAUUAAAACAAGAUUUAAGAAAAAUAAAAAUAAAAAUAAAAAGAGAAUUAAAGGGGAUUUUAGUGAUGAAAAUUUAAAUUUAUCAGGUAUAAUUAGUUGUAUUUCAUUUGAUAAACAAUCAACAAGUGGAUUUUUUGCAGCAUCAACAUAUAAUGGUAAUAUUGGUUUAUUUGAUGAAAGAAUGGAUGAAUUAGUUGAUAUUUUACCUGACCCAAUUAAUUUAAAUUCUCAACAACAACAACAACAGCAAAUUGGUGAUGAUGGUGAAAUGAAUAUUAAUUAUAAAAUGGGAAUUACACAAAUUAUGUUUUCACCAAAAGAUUCAAAUUAUUUAUUUGCAUCAUUUAGAAAAUCAAAUUAUAUAAUUGGAUGGGAUAUUAGAAAUACUGUUGCACAACAAGUAUAUCAAUUAUAUAGACCAUUAUCAAGUCAUCAAAGAAUUCAAUUUGAUAUUGAUCCAUUCUCUUCAAGAUAUUUAUCAACUGGUACUCAAAAUGGCCAAUUAUUAAUAUAUGAUUUAUUUAAUAAUGGUAAUUUAAUUUAUAAUCAAUCUUUAAACCAAUCUUUAAAUUUAAUUAAUGAUGAAAAUAUUCAAUUAAAUGAUAAUAAUAAUAAUAAAAAUAAUAAUAAUAAUAAUAAUAAUAAUAUUUGUAUAAAUUCAACAUCAUUUCAUCCAUAUUUACCAUUAAUUUCUUUAACAUUUGGAGAAAGACAAUUUAAUUUAAAUAGUAAUAAUAAUUUAAAUAAUUUUAAAUCAUUUUCAAUAUUAAAAUUUUAA